UACUGAUUACCACAUACUUGCGGCACCAUGCGACUCCUCCCCAAUUGAAUAGUCAUUGCAUGAGUGCAUGAUCAAUCAUUUGAUUUUCCCUAUCGCGUAAAUUAGUGCCACGUGCUGUACCGCUAUGAUAGCAAACAAAGCCCCUAGUUACUUCUGGAAGUACUUUUCCAUGAGCCUAUUUGCACUUUGCAUUAACGUUCAAAAAUAGAAGUUUAUUGCAGUUAAGGCGUUAACCAAUAACGAUUCGAUCCCCCAAAAUGUUCGGGUUCAGGUUCAAUUGGGAUGAAUAAAUUAUCCAUAGUUGACGUGCUCCGUUGGUUGGUUAAGUUUCGUUAGUUCUCAAAUCUCCUAAUCAUCAUGGGUACUGAACUUACGUGGACUGCGCUGAUGAUAUUCUUAAUUGGUGCCACCGGAAACGAACUUUUGAGGGAAAAGCGCCAUCUACUGCUGACGGAGGACUCGGCUACCGGAAUUCUGGCGGCCAUCGCCAUUCCUCUGGAGAAGGAAAAACCUCACGGAGUGGACAUCUUCUGUUCGUACAAUUUUGAAAUGAACUAUGGAAUGACCACGGAAGCGUCCGACUGGACGGAUCCCUGGAAGAGGUUCAGAGUGAAGGAAACUGAGAACGGGCUUGCGGAAGUAGGAGGUGAAGGUGGUGGCGAAAGACGCCGGAAGCGGUCGCCGGCACGUGGAAUCACGCGUAGGAAAGUGUACCACGUGAUUGAGGAACAGUUGAGAGUUGCUGGAUUUGACGGAAGAAAGUGUCUGUUGAGGGCAAUAUGCGAAGCUGGUGGGACAAAUUUUACCGAAAAUAAUGGUGUUUUGGGUGAUUUGAUGCAGAUUUUAUUGACGCCGUCCUAUUCGAUGACUGAAAAUUUACCCAAGGAGUAUUACAAGGCAGAGAUGCUAGGUAUGCAAAAUAAUUGUACCAAGUACGAGCGUCGUUGUCCAACAAAUGUAUUGGAUUUGUUUUCUCUGGAAAUAAAUGUUUGA